CAUUGAAGCCAAAUCAAUCAAAACUCCGAGAUGGAACUGCGUCGGCGCCAUCCUGCGUCCUUCUCCGUGGACAGCCGCGGUUCCGAGCCUUGCAUCGUCGUGGCCGAUUCCUUCGCACGUCGUCGUCGGCCACUUGUGCUUCGCUCACCCUUCCAGAAGCUCUCGAAGCCCAAGAAACCCCCGCGAGAAGACUCCGUCCACACUAUCCCCAGCACAUUAAGCGGCAAACGACGACGCAGCAUCCAAGACGCCGCUGAACCCGCCUCAGGAAGCCACUUGAAGCUGCAGCGCUUCGCUCCAACCCAGCGGUUAGUCGACGAUCGAGCAGAUUUUUGUCUGUACCUGGAGCUCCAAAUCGGUACUAAACAGGUGCUAGAAGACGCUCAUGCACUCGUCCAAGUGACGGCCAGAGCACUCCGAGCUGCGGGCUGUAGUGUGGCUGUCCACAUGCUACAAGUUCCAGACUCAGAAGUGCUGGCUGCCAAUCAGGAAGAAGCACAGGCUUAUGCCUUGACUAUUGGCAGUGAAGUACCCGACCAAAGCGUCACUGAAAGAGGAGAAUGGGCGGGUCGGGUCGCUAUGCAGUUGGCGCCAUGGGUUACACAACAUCCGGAUUAUAUCAGUCAUGUACUGCCACUUACGGGUGCAGCACAGUGCCAACGACUGUGUAAACUGAUACUCACCGAGCUUAAACUUGAGCUGGACGUUUGCUGCGUACAUGAAGAAGGACAUAACACUCCAGGAAAGACCGCAGGAGCUCCAGUACUAUUGAGUGCGAGGGAGAAAUUACUACCACAGGUUAUGAGAGCAGAGGCCUUUACGAAUGUGAUGCUGUACCCUCUCCAUCGGGACGAAGCGAGACGCCAGUUGACACGCAGAUGGGGAGCGCAGAGCGCGCUUGCUCUGCCUCCUUUGCAGGAUAUUUACGCGUACUUUGGUCCGAGAAUUGCCAUGUAUUUUGCCUGGUUGGCGUUUUAUACCAAGAUGCUGGUACUACCAGCAGUGUAUGGCGUUGUAAUGCAUGUGCUUGGACAGUUAAAUCUGGCACCGAGUUGCACUGUGCACUGCGUUUUAGUUGCCAUUGGCACGUCGCUUAUUGCGGAUAUGUGGAGACGUAGACAGCGUGAAGUGGAGUUUACAUGGGGUUACGACGGGGUACUGUCGUCUCUGCAUGCUACGACGAGGGUACAAUUUAAAGGCGAGUGGAUGCAGGAUCCCGUGACUGGAGUGCGAUGCUUCGACUUUCCACACCAUAAGCGUCUUCUUCGACAACUUCUCGCUGUCCCGCUAUUAGUGUCCAUGUGCUGUUUGGUAGGAGGGUACGUUGUCGGGUUACACGUACUUUCGGAACGUCUUCGAGCGAGUUACAAGGAUAACUGCAUGCAAGGAGCAUAUGUUGCUGAAAACUGGAUACCGAGCUACGAUACAGUGACUUGUGCCUUUGUUUCGCAUGGUCCGAGUAUCAUAAAUGCUGUGAUCAUCCACGCUAUGGACAAUUUGUACCAGUUGUUGGCUCGGAAGCUCACGGAGUUUGAAAAUUACCGCACACUCGAUGAACACGAAGCGCAUCUGGUAGCCAAAAGAAUGCCAUUCCACCUAGUAAAUAGCAACGCGUCGCUCUGGUUUCUCGCUUUCUACAUCCGACGUCUCGAUCGUGUUCGUGAGCGCUUGUGGAUUUUACUGGUGGCGACGCAGUUGAUUGAUAAUUUUAAGGAAGUGGGGCUGCCACUCGCUGUAUCAGUGGGGGGUCAAGUUCUUACCGCGGAAAAUAAACGUCGUCGCCAACAGAGUCUUGAGAGUCUACAGGGCGAGGCGAUUGAAGGCAUCCAACGUCUGCAUUCAACACCUCAAGCCAAGCGGGAGCGAGUGGAUGUUGCUAAAGCUGCGACGGAGCAGAGAUUGGCGCGAGUGCUUAUGCAGAAGCGGCAGGCUACAUACCGUGACACAUUUGCAGACUACAAAGAGCUCAUGGUGCAGUUUGGAUAUGUGACUCUUUACAGUCCAGUGUUCCCACUGGCUGCGGCAUUUGCGUGGUUGAACAACACAAUCGAGAGUCGAUCAGACCUGCUUAAACUCGUGAAUCGACACGGAUAUCAACGUCCUAUUGCACAACAUGCACGAGGUAUUGGGGUCUGGGAGAAAGUGCUGGUUAGUUUUGCUGGUGUGGCUGUAGUUGUUAACUGCGCACUUGUCUGGACGUACGAACUGGACGAGCUGUUGCCUUCGUGGACAGAACUUCAGCGCUUUGCCUUCAUUGUGGCGUGCGAACACGUGAUCUUUGUUAUCAAGGCGUGGCUGAACUGGGCUGCUCCUGAAGUACCUGUUACGUCGUCACUGGGAAAGAAACCAGUGCUGCCACCGUCCAUGCCGGAUACAGUUAAUGGAGACUCACUUUCUGCUUUACACGGACAAUAAGUCUGCAAGUGAAAUUUUGAUACACUGGAUUUUACAACAACUAAGGCACAGGACACGUCAUGUAGGUUCUUACUAGUCACAGCCAGUUCCUCCUGCGAUAACGAGGCAGGAAGUUGACGGAUAGAUGCUCAUGAUGUUGACCAUGACUGUCCAACACAGCGAGAAGGCGAAGUAGACGGCGGUAAUAACCCCCAUUAAGCGACUAGAUCCUCCAUUUUGCUUGAGCUGUUGGGUUUCCGCUUUCUGUCGAGGCAACAGCGGUAGGAAGACAAGACCGAACAGGUUCAUAGCGUACCGAAUAAUGAGUACAUACGUCACCUCCCAACGAACAUGAGAGGAGUCCUCGACGAUGUCAGCGUUGGCCACGUCAAAGCCACUAUCCACGUUCUUGGAUAGCGUACUAGCCAGCGGGAUUGCGAUGUUGGCAAUUGAUCCCACUAAACCGUAUACAGCGCCUUCGUUACCCUCACCGGCCAAUUCGACGAUCACGUACGUUCCGAUCACGAAUGAAAUGCCAUGUGGAAGAUUCUCUACAACGGGUACUCCAAGCCAAAACCAUUGAUUACGGAAGAUGUUCCACGUCGUAAGCAUCGUGACGAUAAAAUCCAUGACCGUCACGGCGACAAUCGUGAUAGCAUGCAUCGAUCUCCAAUUCCACUGCAGACCGUAUCUGCCCGUGAAGUAAAGAGCGAUAGCGAAGAUACCAUUUCCAAUGAUGGCCAUCACCUUCUGGUUAAGAGGAGUAGCCUCGGCCCAGUACGAUUGCAUUGGAUCUGCACAAGUAAUGGUGAAGUUCUCGAAGAUACCCGACAAAAACUUGUAUGCGAUGACUUGGUACAUCGGUCGCAUCUGCAUGAGAUACCAAAGCUCAGCCAGGUAAUCACGGAAAAUCACGCCUGGGUGACGGUCCUCUCGGAUACAGUACCACGAAAGGGGGAUCACAGGUAGACAGCACACAGUAAGGAUAACCAUGAGCUGCGGAAAGCUCAGUGAGAAGUCAAAGUCGCCUCCGUAGUCCUUGCCAUUGAAAACCAGACCCGUGAGGAUACUCGAGAUGGUCACAAAAGCCGUACGGACCAUGUAGAUCGUGGUCUGGGUGUAGCCACGCGUAGCCUCCGGUUCACGUUGGGCGACUUCGACCAUCAUAGCGUCGGCUGCCACAUCGGCACCGACGUACCCGAUCGCAGCGAUCAUCAUGAGAACAAUGAACUU